AUGAUAUUAUGUCUGUAUGAAAAUAGAUUCCAAGUUAACCCGUUGACGGGACAAUUGAAUAUAUUGAGACUGACAAAGGAUGAUUACGGAAAUUAUACUUGCCAUGCAAAAAAUUCAGCGGGUGAAGAUAAAGCUAAAGCGCUUAUCAAUGUAUUGAUUCGACCACGAAUCUAUGAAUUGUUUAAUAUUACACGUCCUGAAAACGAAGAAGCUGAAAUUAUUUGCAAAGCCACUGGCCGACCACCACCAGAGAUUACUUUCCGUCGCUUGGGAUCAUCCUAUGAAUUCAUUCCGGGCAUACAAGAAUCACUACUAGGAUAUACGAGUAUUUUCUUGGAACAAAGUGGUGACGAAUACAAAGGCGAAUCGACUGGUGUUCUUCGUUUUGAGACAUUGCAUCGAUCUGACGAUGGAUUGUAUGAGUGUAUUGCACGUAAUAGAGUCGAUUCAGCAUAUAAAAAUGGCCAUAUUACCGUUGAAUAUGCACCAACAUUUGAACAUAUGUCAGAUUUACCACCAGUUUACACAUGGAACGAACAAAGAGCAAAUCUCAGUUGUUUGGCACAAGGUUUUCCAAAUGCAACAAUCGAAUGGAAAUGGUAUGAGCGUCCAAUAAUAGAGCUAAACGAUCCAAAUUUGCAAAUUGAAGGAAAUGGACCACGAAGUGAUUUAUUGGUUAUUCCACGUGCACGUGGUUACUAUACUGCAUACAAAUGUGUUGCCAGAAAUCGUCUUGGACAAGCUGAAUAUUUCAUGGAAUUGCGUGAAGCUCACAUCCCCGAUGUUAUUCCACAAGCCAAAUCGGUCGUUGUCACCGCCACAACAAUUACAUUCGAAAUUCUAUCGCCACCAUAUUACCCAGGUCUUCCAAUCACCGCAUUUGCCGCACAAUACAAAGACCGAAAUGAACCGGAUUGGACAAAUGCAUACAAUCGCUCUUGGUCACCAGAUUCACCGGAUAGUAAAUUCACGGUUGAAGGUCUUCGACCACAAACAUUCUAUGAUUUUCGUUUUGCUGCAUUGAAUAAAGUCGGUUUAGGACAAUGGGGUGCAUAUGUAGCACAGGCUACAUCAGUUCGAUCGGCGCCCGAAUCACCCAAAAUAUUGCACAAUCUAGUCCAAAACAUCGAUAACAAAGACGAAGAACCAUUUGUUGUUUCACCAUAUUCCGAUAAUUUUGAAUUAUCGUGGAGUAUCGCUCCAGAUAAUGGUGCACCAAUUAAUUUCUAUCAAAUUCGCUACUGUCCAGUUGACGGCGCUUUCAAUGACAUCGUUCAAUUAUGCAAAAUGAAAUAUGUUACGCCCACUAAAAUGACUGAAUUACGCGAUGAUACAUACUAUCGCAUUCAAAUCAGUGCCCAUAACGAACUCGGAAUGUCAAAUCCGGCCACAUUACUCAUGAAAACGGCUGUAGGUGAGUCAAAAGUUAACAAUAAAAAAAAAUGAUUAUGAAAUUUAUUG